UUCUUUUCUUUUCUUUUCUUUCCCUUUCUUUCUUUCUUUCAACAAAUACUUGUCUAUAUGUGUGUAUAUGUGUGUGUGUGCAUAUAUAUAAUAUAUUAUUUUAAUUCCAGUUUAGUUAAUGUACAGUGUUAUAUUAGUUUCAGGUGUACAAUAUAGUGAUUCAACAACUUUAAAUAUUACUCAGUGCUCUAUCAAGGUAAGUGUACUCUUAAUCCCCUUCACCCAUCCCCCCACUCACCUCCCUCUGAUAACCUUCUGUUUGUUCUCUAGAUAGUUAAGAGUCUGAUUCUUGGUUUGUCUUUUUUCCCCCUUUGUUUUGUUUCUUAAAUUCCACAUAUGAAUGAAAUCAUAGUAUUUGUCUUUCUCCGACUGACUUAUUUCACUUAACAUUCUAAUCUCUAGAUUCAUUCAUGUCAUUGCAAAUGCCAAGAUUUAAUUCUUUUUUAUGGCUGAAUAAUAUUCUCUCAUACACACACACACACACACACACACACACACACCACAUCUUUAUCCAUUCAUCUAUCAAUGGUCGCUUGGGCUGCCUCCAUAAUUUGGCUAUUGUAAAUAAUGCUGCUAUAAACAUUGGGGUGCAUAUAUCCUUUCAAAUUAGUGUUUUUGAUUCUUUGGGUAAAUACCCAGUAUUGCGAUGACUGGAUCAUAUGAUAAUUCUAUUUUUAACUUUUUUGGGAACCUCCAUAAUGUUUUCCACAGUGGCUGCACCAGUUUGCAUUCCCACCAACAAUGCACAAGAAUUCCUUUUUGUCCACAUCUUUGCCAACAUUUGUUGUUUCUUGUGUUUUUCAUUUUAGCCAUUCUGACAGGUGUGAAGUGGUAACUCAUCAUAGUUUAGAUUUGCAUUUCUCUGAUAAGUGAUGAUGAGCAUUUUUUCAUGUGUCUGCUGACCAUCUCUAUGUCUUCUUUAGAGAAUUGUCUAUUGGUGUCUUCUGCCCAUUUUUUAUUGGAUUAUCUGUUUGUUGAGUGUUCAGUUGUAUCAGCUCUUUAUAUAUUUUGGACACUAACCCUUAAUCGGUUAUGUCAUUUGCAAAUAUCUUUUUCCAUUCAGUAAGUUGCCUUUUAGUUUUAUUGAUUAUUUCCUUCACUAUGCAGAAUCUUUUUAUUUUGAUGUAGUUCCACUAGUUUAAUUUUGCAAUUAUUUUCCUUGCCUCAGGACACAUAUCUAGAAAAAUAUUGCUACAGACAGUGUCAGAGAAAGUACUGUCUGUGCUUUAUUCUAGGAUUUUUAUGAUUUCAGGUCUCACAUUUAGGUCCUUAGUCCAUUUUGAGUUUAUUUUUGUCAAUGAUGUAAUAGAAAGUGGUUCAGCUACAUUCUUUUGCAUGUAGCUGUCUAGUUUUCCCAGCACCAUUUGUUGAAGAGACUAUCUUUUUUCCUAUUGCAUGUUCUUGCCUUCUUUGUCAAAGAUUAAUUGACCAUAUAAUCAUGAGUUUGUUUCAGGCUUUUUAUUCUGUUCCAUUGAUCUAUGUCCAUUUUUGUGCCAGUACCAUAUUGUUUUGAUUACUACAGCUUUGUAGUAUAAUGUGAAAUCUGAAAUUUUCAUACCUCCUGCUUUGUUUUUCUUUUUCAAGAUUGCUUUCACUAUUCAGAGUCUUUUUUGUUUUCAUACAAAUUUUAGGGUUGUUUAUUCUAGUUCUGUGAAAAAUACUACUGGUAUUUUGUUAGGGAUUAGGAUUAGGUUAAAUCUGUAGAUUACUUUGGGGAGUAUGGACAUUUUAACAAUAUUUGUUCAUCCAACCUGUGGGCAUGAACGUCUUUCCAUUUCUCUGCAUCAUCUUAAAUUUCUUUCAUCAGUGUUUUAUAGUAUGCAGUGUAAAGUCUUUCACUUUUCUUGGUUAAGUUUAUUCCUAGGUAUUUUAUUAUUUUUGAUGCAAUUGUAAAUGAGAUUGUUUUCUCAGUUUCUCUUUAUUCUGCUUCAUUAUUAGUGGAUAGAAAUGCAGCAGAUUUCGGGGGCACCUGGGUGGCUCAGUUGGUGAAGUGUUCGACUCUUGAUUUCCGUUCAGGUCAUGAUCUCAUGGUUUGUGGGUUCAAGCCCCACAUGUCUGCACUGACCGUGUGGAGCCAGCUUGGGAUUCUGUCUGUCUGUCUGUCUCUCUCAAAAUAAGUAAAUAAACAUUAACAAAAAAAGAAAUGCAACGGAUUUCUGUACACUGAUUUUGUAUCUUUCGACCUUACUGAAUUCAUUUAUCAGAACUAGUUGUUUUUUCAUAGAAUCUUUUGAGGCUUCUAUAUGUAGUACCAUGUCAUCUACAAAUAGUGAAAGUUUUACUGUUUCCUUACCAAUUUGGAUGCCUUUUAUUCCUUUUUCUUAUCUGAUUGCUAUGGCUAGGACUUCCAGGACUCUGUUGAAUAAAAGGGGUGAGAGUGGACAUUCUGGGCUUCUUCCUGACCUUCGGGGGGAAAGCUCUCAGGGUUUUCUUGUUGUUUUGUUUUGUUUUGUUUUAAGACUUUAUUAUUUUUUUAGUAAACUUUCUGUCCAACAUGGGGCUUGAACUCACAACCCCAUGACCUAGAGUCAUAUACUCUACCAACUGAGCUAGCCAGGCACACUCAAAACUCUGUUUUUCACCAUUGUGUACAUUAGCUGUACCAAGAUCCCCAUUUUGUUGUUGGCUGUUAGGUGAAUGACAUUCCCUGCUUCAAAAGGCCACCCAUAUUUCUUGGCUUCUGGUCUCCCCUUUCUUCCAUCUUCAAAGCUAGCAAAACUGGGUGGAGUCUUUCACAUCUUCCUUUUAUCAUCUCAUUUUACUAACCCGUCUGGGUUAGUCUGGAAAAGAUGCUUCUGUUUUUAAGUACUUCUUAUUAGAUUGGGCCUACACAUAUAACCCAGAAUAAUUUCCUCAUCUCUAGACCUGUACCCUUAGUCAUAUCUGCAAAGUCCUGUUUACUGUGUCAGGGAAUAUAGUUACAGGUUAUAUAGGGAUUACAGCAUAGACAUCUUUGGGGGGCAUUAUUCUGUCUACUACAAAGCCCAUAGUUUUUUUUCUCCCACAGAGAAAAAGUUUUUACUUCCUCCAAAAAUUAUUUUUACUGGUUUGCGGUUUCAUUGGUAUUUUUUUAAUUUUAAACAGUAUUCCUUUGGUUUUGCUAGAUAAAACUGCUGUAAGCGACUAUGCUUCAUAUGUAUUCAUAAUAAGAAAGAAUGAGUGAAUAAAUACACAUUAUUCUUUCAAAUCUGGUUGACCGCACAUCACAAAACAAACUCCAAAAAGACAAACAACUAUGAAUUGUGUGAGCAGAGGGAACUUACAUUUUAGAGGGAAUUAUUGAGUUUUUGGAAUGGGUAAAUAGGAGGUAAGGAAUUUCAUUAUCAAUAGCAUUUUUUGUCCUUUAUCUAAUUACUAUAAUUGUGUAGUGGUGUUUCAAGCUCAGUUACAGUCUUUUGUGUUAAUUUAAAGUGGCCGUGAGAAAAUAAAAUGGAAAUGUUUCUUCAUCCCUCAGCAUCCUUUACAGAAUCAUAGAAAUUUAGAGCUGGAAGGGAUCUAUGGCCAAUUCUCUUGAGCUAAAUAAAGGACACCCAUCCUGUUUGAAAUUUUGUCCUGAAUUAACAACAAAUGUAAAGGCCUUAAGGUGGCAGUGCAUCGAGUGCAAGACAUGCAGUGCAUGUAGAAUCCAAGGCAAAAAUGCAGAUAAUAUGCUUUUUUGUGACUCCUGUGAUAGAGGAUUCCAUAUGGAGUGCUGUGACCCCCCACUUUCCAGAAUGCCAAAAGGGAUGUGGAUUUGCCAAGUCUGCAGACCAAAGAAAAAGGGAAGAAAACUACUUCAUGAGAAAGCUGCACAAAUAAAACGACGAUAUGCAAAACCCAUUGGACGACCGAAAAAUAAAUUAAAGCAACGAUUGUUGUCUGUAACCAGUGAUGAAGGAUCCAUGAAUGCAUUCACAGGAAGGGGGUCACCUGGUAGGGGUCAAAAGACUAAAGUCUGUACCACACCUUCAUCUGGUCAUGCUGCAUCUGGGAAGGACUCAAGCAGCAGAUUGGCUGUUACAGACCUCACUCGGCCUGGUGCCACCACCAAAAUCACCACCACCUCCACCUACAUUUCUGCCUCUACACUUAAAGUUAACAAGAAAACCAAAGGGCUCAUUGAUGGCCUUACUAAGUUUUUUACACCAUCACCUGAUGGUCGCAGAUCACGAGGUGAAAUAAUAGACUUUUCAAAGCACUACCGUCCAAGGAAAAAGGUCUCUCAGAAACAGUCAUGCACUUCUCAUGUGUUGGCUACAGGUACCACACAAAAGCUAAAACCUCCACCUUCUUCACUUCCACCCCCAACCCCCAUCUCCGGUCAGAGCCCCAGUUCACAAAAGUCCAGCACUUCCGCCUCUUCUACCUCUCCCCAGAGUUCUUCCAGCCAGUCCAGUGUGCCCUCCUUUAGCAGUCUUACUAAUAACAGCCAGCUGAAGGCACUCUUUGAUGGACUUUCUCAUAUCUAUACCACUCAGGGACAGUCUCGAAAAAAGGGACACCCAAGUUAUGCACCACCCAAACGUAUGCGUCGUAAAUCUGAAUUAUCUUCCACGGCAAAAUCUAAAGCCCAUUUCUUUGGAAAACGAGAUAUUAGAAGUAGGUUUCUUGCUCACUCCUCCUCCUCUAGCUGGGGGAUGGCUAGAGGACGUAUUUUUAAAGCAAUUGCUCACUUCAAGCGAACAACUUUCCUUAAAAAGCACAGGAUGCUAGGCAGAUUAAAAUAUAAAGUGACCCCUCAGAUGGGGACCCCCUCACCAGGGAAGGGGAGCUUGACAGACGGAAGGAUUAAACCUGAUCAGGAUGAUGAUACUGAAAUCAAAAUAAGCAUCAAACAAGAAAGUACAGAUAUAAAUGUGCUUGGAAACAAGGAUACUGUUACUGAAGAGGACUUGGAUGUUUUUAAGCAGGCCCAGGAACUUUCUUGGGAGAAAAUAGAGUGUGAAAGUGGGGUGGAAGACUGUGGCCGGUACCCUUCUGUAAUAGAAUUCGGGAAAUAUGAAAUCCAAACCUGGUACUCCUCGCCUUACCCACAGGAAUAUGCAAGAUUACCAAAGCUUUACCUGUGUGAAUUCUGUCUUAAAUAUAUGAAAAGUAAAAAUAUUUUGUUAAGACACUCAAAGAAAUGUGGAUGGUUUCAUCCUCCAGCAAAUGAAAUUUACCGAAGGAAAGACCUUUCAGUAUUUGAGGUUGAUGGGAAUAUGAGCAAAAUUUAUUGCCAAAACCUUUGCUUGUUAGCCAAGCUCUUCCUGGACCACAAAACGUUGUAUUAUGAUGUCGAGCCAUUCCUUUUUUAUGUCCUUACAAAAAAUGAUGAAAAGGGCUGUCAUCUGGUUGGAUACUUCUCUAAGGAAAAGCUUUGCCAGCAGAAGUAUAAUGUCUCCUGCAUAAUGAUCAUGCCCCAGCACCAAAGGCAAGGAUUUGGACGGUUUCUCAUUGAUUUCAGCUAUUUGCUUUCUAGAAGAGAAGGCCAAGCAGGGUCUCCUGAAAAGCCACUCUCCGAUCUGGGCCGUCUCUCCUACCUGGCCUAUUGGAAAAGUGUCAUCUUAGAAUAUCUCUACCACCACCAGGAGAGGCACAUCAGCAUCAAGGCGAUCAGCAGAGCUACAGGCAUGUGCCCACAUGACAUCGCCACCACUCUGCAGCACCUCCAUAUGAUUGACAAGAGGGAUGGCAGAUUUGUCAUCAUUAGAAGGGAAAAGUUGAUACUGGGCCACAUGGAAAAGCUGAAAACCUGUUCCCGGACCAAUGAACUUGAUCCAGAGAGUCUAAGAUGGACCCCAAUUUUAAUUUCUAAUGCUGCAGUUUCUGAAGAAGAGCGAGAAGCUGAGAAAGAGGCCGAGCGGCUAAUGGAACAAGCUAGCUGCUGGGAAAAGGAGGAGCAAGAAAUCCUGUCCUCUAGAGCGAACAGUAGGCAAUCACCUGCAAAAGUACAAUCGAAAAAUAAAUAUUUGCAUUCCCCGGAGAGCCGGCCAGUGGCAGGGGAGCGAGGGCAGCUUAUGGAGCUGUCUAAAGAGAGCAGUGAAGAGGAAGAGGAGGAGGAGGAGGAGGAGGAGGAGGAGGAGGAAGAGGAAGAGGAGGAAGAGGAAGAGGAGGAGGAAGAGGAAGAGGAGGAGGAAGAAGAGGAAGAGGAGGAAGAGGAGGAAGAAGAAGAAAAUAUUCAGAGUUCUCCUCCAAGAUUGACUAAACCACAAUCAGUUGCUAUAAAGAGAAAGCGGCCUUUUGUACUAAAGAAGAAAAGGGGUCGUAAACGCAGGAGGAUCAACAGCAGUGUAACAACUGAGACCAUUUCCGAGACGACAGAAGUACUGAAUGAGCCCUUUGACAACUCAGAUGAAGAGAGGCCAAUGCCGCACCUGGAGCCUACCUGUGAGAUUGAAGUGGAGGAAGAUGGAGGGAAGCCAGUCCUGAGAAAAGCAUUCCAACAUCAGCCUGGGAAGAAAAGAAAAACAGAGGAAGAGGAAGAAAAAGACAAUCAUUGUUUUAAGAAUGCUGACCCCUGUAGAAACAAUAUGGAUGAUGAUACAGAUAACUUGAAAGAAGGCAGUAGAGACAAUCUUGAACCUCUAAAGUGCAAACAAGUGUGGCCAAAAGGAACAAAACGUAGUCUAUCUAAGUGGAGGCCAAACAAAGAGAGGAAGACCGGAUUUAAACUGAACUUGUACACCCCGCCAGAAACACCCAUGGAACCUGAUGACCAGAUAACAGUAGAAGAACAGAAGGAGACUCCAGAAGGCAAAACCAGCCCCACUCCCACCAGGAUUGAGGAGGAAGUCAAGGAAGCCGUGGAACCCCUGCUGCCUCAGGAUGAAAACACAAGGGAUGAAACAUGUGCACCGAUAAGUCCAAAUAAAUCACCAGGUGAAAAACCAGAAGAUGAUCUAAUCAAACCCGAGGAGGAAGAAGAGGAGGAGGAAGAAGAGGAAGAGGAGGAGGAAGAAGAAAAUGUAGAAAAAGACCCAGGUGGUGCUAAAAAUCAGGAAAAAGAGGAACCAGAAGUCUUCACGGACAAAGAAGACCCUGUUCCUCUGGAUGAUCAUGAAGAGGAGGAGGAAGAGGAUGAAGAGCCAUCUCACAAUGAGGGUCAUGAUGCAGAUGAUGAAGAUGACAGUCACAUGGAGUGUGGAGAAGCAGAGAAGGAAGAACGCCCAAGAGAAUCCUUUAAAGAAGUACUAGAAAACCAGGAGGCUUUUUUAGACCUUAGUGUCCAGCCUAGUCAUUCGAACUCAGAGGUCCUAAUGGAGUGUGGCGUUGACCUUGCAGCUGCGUGUAACAGUGAACCUAAGCUUUCUGGAGACACUGAAGCUGCACCUGAAUCUGAUGAGGAACCCCCAGAAGAACAGGCACAGAAGCAGGACCAAAAGAGUGGCGAAGAAGUGGAUUCUGAGUUCAAAGAGAGAAACACGACGGCCAUGGAAAUUGACUCUGAGACCGUUCAGGCAGUUCAAUCUUUGACCCAGGAGAAUAGUGAACAGGACGACACUUUUCAGGAUUGUGCUGAGACUCAAGAGGCCUGCAGAAGCCUACAAAACUACACCCAUGCAGACCAAAGCCCACAGAUAGCCGCCACUCUAGAUGAUUGCCAGCAGUCAGACCACAGUAGCCCAGUUUCAUCCGUCCAUUCCCAUCCUGGCCAGUCAGUACGUUCUGUCAACAGCCCAAGUGUCCCUGCCCUGGAAAACAGCUAUGCCCAAAUCAGCCCGGAUCAAAGUGCCAUCUCCGUGCCGUCUUUGCAAAACAUGGAAACCAGUCCGAUGAUGGAUGUCCCGUCAGUUUCAGAUCAUUCCCAGCAAGUCGUGGACAGUGGAUUUAGUGACCUGGGCAGUAUCGAGAGCACAACCGAGAACUACGAGAACCCUAGUAGCUAUGAUUCUACUAUGGGCGGCAGCAUUUGCGGAAAUGGCUCUUCACAGAACAGCUGCUCCUAUAGCAACCUCACCUCUAGCAAUCUGACACAGAGCAGCUGUGCUGUCACCCAGCAGAUGUCCAACAUCAGCGGGAGCUGCAGCAUGCUGCAGCAAACCAGCAUCAGUUCUCCCCCAACCUGCAGCGUCAAGUCUCCUCAAGGCUGUGUGGUGGAGAGGCCUCCGAGCAGCAGCCAGCAGCUGGCUCAGUGUAGCAUGGCCGCUAACUUCACCCCACCGAUGCAGCUGGCCGACAUCCCUGAGACUGGCAACGCCAACAUUGGCUUAUAUGAACGAAUGGGUCAGAGUGAUUUUGGGGCUGGGCAUUACCCACAGCCAUCAGCCACCUUCAGCCUUGCCAAACUACAGCAGUUAACUAAUACACUUAUUGAUCAUUCAUUGCCUUACAGCCAUUCCGCUGCUGUAACUUCCUAUGCAAACAGUGCCUCUUUGUCCACACCAUUAAGUAACACAGGGCUUGUCCAGCUUUCUCAGUCUCCGCACUCUGUCCCUGGGGGACCCCAAGCACAAGCUACAAUGACCCCACCCCCCAACCUGACUCCUCCUCCGAUGAAUCUGCCACCGCCUCUUUUGCAACGGAACAUGGCUGCAUCAAACAUUGGCAUCUCUCACAGCCAAAGACUGCAAACCCAGAUUGCCAGCAAGGGCCACGUCUCCAUGAGAACCAAAUCGGCAUCUCUGUCACCAGCCGCUGCCACCCAUCAGUCUCAGAUCUAUGGGCGCUCCCAGACUGUAGCCAUGCAGGGUCCUGCACGGACUUUAACGAUGCAGAGAGGCAUGAACAUGAGUGUGAACCUGAUGCCAGCCCCAGCCUACAAUGUCAACUCUGUGAACAUGAACAUGAAUACUCUCAAUGCCAUGAAUGGGUACAGCAUGUCCCAGCCGAUGAUGAACAGCGGCUACCACAGCAAUCAUGGCUACAUGAAUCAAACACCCCAAUACCCUAUGCAGAUGCAGAUGGGCAUGAUGGGAACCCAGCCAUAUGCCCAGCAGCCAAUGCAGACCCCGCCCCAUGGUAACAUGAUGUACACGGCCCCUGGACAUCACGGCUACAUGAACACGGGCAUGUCCAAACAGUCUCUCAAUGGGUCCUACAUGAGAAGGUAGGCAACAUGGGCAGUCACAAGAUCCCCCUGGGCAUCACUAUUGGAUUGAAUCUGCACAAAUACCUUCGAAGAGUACGAUUUCAAAACCAGCAAUUGGUGUGAAUGCAAAAACAUUUGUUGGCACCAUUUAUUUUAAAAAAAAAAAAAAAAAAAAAGCUGUAUGCAGCAGAAAGCCUUAUACAAGUUGUUUUUCUUUUUUUCCUUUUUCUUUUUUUGGUAUCUUUGUUUCUGUUACUUUUAUAUGAAAUUCUCUGCAAAGGAAGGCCUCUCUGGACUACAAUUUGAAGGCAGCCACUUGUUGUGCCUGCUUCCAUGAAAUGAUGUGGAUAUCAAGCCCCGCCCCACCAAAUUAUCUGUUUUAAUACUGAACCUAGAACUUUUUUUUUUCUUCCCUGUCCACUCCAUGUAAAUGCCUUUAGCAUUUCAGUUAUUGUAUAUUUUGUUUAAGGUGACACUUCAGCAUGCCGCUAAUGUCUUUGUUAGUGACAGUGCAUUUUGUAGUACUGUACAAGUGUUGUGCUAACAGUAAGCCAUUUCUUAAGUUUUUUGCCUUGAUUAGGGUGCCCUAAUUUGAGGGUUUAAAAAAAAUUAUAUUUUUGUUAAUUAUAAAACUGUAAAGAGCUAUAAAAGCUAUUCCCAUUUGGUUAGUCAAAAGGGGUUUUAUUGCUAAAUGUUUGGUGUAAAGUUGAGACCCUUUUCCAUUUUGGUGACAGAUUUCUUUGGGGAAAAAAGGCAGCUUUCUGUUUUAUAAAUGCAGACUUCUGUUUAUUGAAUGAAGCAUAUCUCAGUGUUUAUCUGUCAGGUUUUGAAACAUUUCAUAUAUGUCCAAAUACUUGGCAGGAUUUAAAAAAAAAUAGUGAAUUUGGUGUAAAGUUGCUAUUUUAUGGAAAUGCCUCUAACUUUACAUUUUCAUUCCAUCUGUAGAUUUUUCUAUCUUUAUAAAAUAUUGGAGUUAUUUUUUAAGGAAAAAUAGAGAAGUAGCUUGUGAAUAGCUCAAACUAAGCUUACAAAUCGCAUGUAAAAAAGCAAAAAAAAAGUUAUUUGUGUCUGUUUAUAUUGCUUCCUUUUUUGUAGCCUUUGUACCUGUACAGGGUGACUGUAAGGGCCAAGCAGGAGAGGCGUAAUCCUUGUAUAAAAUAGGAGCCAGCGACACUCUUGUAUUUAUCUGUUCUCUUUUUAGUCAGUCACUUCAAAAAAAAGAAGAAAAAAAAACAAACAAAAAAAAAGCUGUACAUUUUAACAUAAAAUAAAUUAUGAUGAGCCAUUUUUAGCCUCUUGUGUCCUGUCAUAUUAUGAUUGAUAGAGAAUGACCAAUGGAACUGUAUCAUGUGUCACAUCUCAGAACACAUACACAUUUUGGGAAAAUAAAUUAUUUAGUGUAAAUUGGAGUUAUGAGAUUUUCUGAUUUGUUUUGACUUUGGGGGAGGGGGUUGGCAAUAAAUAAGAGUAAUAUCUAAUAAAACCAUCACAUAUACCAAAUACCUAUUUAAUAAAUUAAUUUAUAAUGGAUUUUAAUGCUUUUCAUGAAAGUUUAUUUUAUGCUGGUGCAUACCUUCUGUAUGCCAAUCAUUGUCUUUAAAAUAAAGUGAAUUUGUUUUUUU